AGUAUAUCAUCUUUAUAAAUAGAUAGUGUAAACUUUUCUACUUUUAGCUGACGCAUAUUCUACUUCAUGCUUCUAUUUACUCCAAGGAAAAAGAAAAUAUAAAAUUCAAUCUUUUAGAUCCAUAAAAAUUUAUUAAAACACUAUAUGAUUUUUUCCAGUAACAACAUUGAAAAUAUCAUAAAAUAUUUUUCAAUAAAGUGAAGCUUCAAAGAAGGGAAAAGGGUAAAAAAUACUCUCUCCUUUGACUAAGUUUACCCCUUUUAUGCUUUGUGGCCAUUUAUAUCCUCUCCAUCAUAAAAGUUAACACAUAUGUCCUCCAAACUAAGAUUUACACAAAUUGAACAAAAUUAACUGAUUCAAUUUUAAUCUGACCCGACUCACAAUCCACCGAUCCAACACCAUCCAAUUUAACCCCUCUCCAUCACAGUCCUUUCUGUUUCUCCUCCCGUUCUUCACCUCCUUCACCUUUACUUUCAAGUUUCAAAUAGACCAGCCAUGGAAGGAAAAUAAAGAGCAAAAUACUAGUAAAAGAAUAAGUUAUAUAGAGCACUAGACCAGAAUAAUUACUUUCAAUCUCAAAUUUUUAGUAAAAGUAAGAAUGGAUAGGAAAUGAUAAUACCGAAACGAUGGACAUGAACGUCGUCGCAUUCCAAUGCAAAACACUGCAUCUUUUGUUGGGUGCCGCGAUGACUUUGAAGUGACGGAGGCGGUGGCUCUCCGGCCUUCUUCACAUACCGGGCGACAGUGGACGAUGGCGAUUGACCUUCACGCUAGCAAUUGAAGAUGUAGACGGUGGAGAAGCGACGGUCUUGCAAAAAUCUCAUCGGAGAGAAUUAAAAAAAGUGAAUAUUGAUACCAUCAUCCAAGAAUUUCGUUGCUUACAUUUUUUUGGGGUUUCUUUUUUAUAAGCAUUUUGCUCUGUGUUUUUCUUGGAAAGGGAAAAAGAAAGGAUUGUGAUUGAAAGGAGAUAAAUUGGAUGGUGUUGGGUUCGUAGAUUGUGAAUCGGGUCGGGUUAACAUUAAGAUCAGUUAGUUUUGAUCAGUUAGUUUGGAGGGUACAUGUAUUAACUUUUGUGACAAGAAGGAUAUAAAUGAUCACUGAGUUUAACAAAAGGAUAAACUUAAUUAAUUAAUUAAAGUAGAAGGGUAUUUUUGAAGCAUUAACAAUUCCUCCUGAAUUUAAAUAACGAAACUAGAUAGGGUUGCUAUAAAAAGAAAUUAGUAGAAGUUAGUACAAAGGUGUGUGGUCCCGUUUCGGCGCUCUACAUAUCAGUGGACUCGUAGUACACUUGCUCUUCAUCUCUAUGCAAUGAGCUGCUGCUGCAUAGCCGGUUCCUCGUGGCUUACCACGCCCAAAUUCAUCACAAACGCCGCAGCUCGCAGCUUUCGCACCUCUUCGCCGAUGGCUUCCUACAGCCGGCGGUGGUACAACCCAGAACGUCGGGGACGGAUCGAUCCAGCACCAGAAAUCGUCCGCCAUUGGGUGGAAGCGGAUGCUCUUCCCGGUGGCCAACAUCACGCGGAAAGGUUUACGGUUGUAUCAUAUAAUAUCUUGGGAGAUAGGAAUAUUUCCAAUCACGGAGAUCUAUAUAGAAAUGUUCCCCCAAAUUACUUAGAUUGGAACCACCGUAGAAGAGUUAUUUGUGAAGAACUCCUCGGAUUGAAUCCUGAUAUAAUUUGCCUACAAGAAGUGGACAAGUACUAUGAUCUACUAAACAUUUUGGAGACAGCUGGAUAUCUCGGUGCCUAUAAGAGGCGCACUGGUGGCUCUGUUGAUGGUUGUGCUAUGUUUUGGAAGGCUGAUAAGUUUCAGUUGUUAGAGGGUGAAAGCAUUGAAUUUAGGCAGUAUGGUCUUCGCGAUAAUGUCGCUCAACUCUCAGUUUUUGAGAUGCGUGAAGCUCAGUCAAGGAGGCUCGUAGUUGGGAACAUUCACGUGCUAUAUAAUCCAAGUCGCGGAGAUGUUAAGCUUGGUCAAAUUCGCUUUCUUUCGUCAAAGGCUCACAUACUUUCAGAAAAGUGGGACCAUGUACCUAUUGUGCUUGCAGGUGAUUAUAAUAGCACUCCCCAGAGUCCAAUCUACAAAUUUUUGUCAUCAUCCGAGCAGCUCAAUCUAAUGCUACAUAACCGAAAAGAGUUGUCUGGUCAGAGACGAUGCCACCCCUCUCAAGUUCUUGGUCUUAGAAGAGAAAGGGGGAGUUUGUUUGUUCUAAUGGACAGAUUUUUUAAUUCUCGAUGGAGCGAAGAGGAGAUGAAUGUUGCGAUUGGCGCCCCUAGAUCCCACAUAGCUAUGCACCCUUUGAAGCUAAAUAGUUCUUAUGCGAUUGUGAAGGGAUCUCUAACAACAAGGGAUGACGGUGGUGAACCAUUAGCCACAUCUUACCACUCUAAGUUUCUGGGAACUGUUGAUUAUUUGUGGUAUUCUGAUGGUCUUACACCCACAAAAGUUUUAGAUACUUUACCAGUUAAUGUCUUGAAGAAAACAGGUGGUCUUCCCUACAAGAAAUUGGGUAGUGAUCACUUGGCUUUGGUUUCUGAGUUUGAGUUCCUGGAAGUAGUUGGAGACAGGAAAGAAGCAACUGAAGACCAUGCUAUCAGUUAAAGGUUGCAAUAAGAGGGAUGACAUUGAAACUUUUGAGAAGGUGACCAUCGAAGUGGGAUAACUUGAAGCUCCAUCUGCAAAACAAUUAAUACUGCAAUUUGUGUUGCCUUUUACGGCUGCUUGAAUUCACAUUUUUACCCUUUUGUAAAACCACCUCUUGUAUUACACCAUACCGUACGAACAAUUUCACAGCUUUGGUCUUUCUAACAAGCUUUACUAAUGUAAUAGCAUAAAUUUUGUUCCACAUAAAAGGAUGCAUAACAUCGUAUUACGUUACUAUUUAGCUUUGUGCUGCUGCUUUCUUUAGCAUUGUAAAAUUGCACGAGCACGGGCCAUCUUGGUUCUCACAAAAUCUUUGGGCCUUUAAUGAUUCUCCACGUGGCACUCAGUGCUUUAUCCUUUUAAGUUUUAUUUCCACAUGUUUUUUUAUGAUUGGUGUAUCUUGAAGCUUUGAGAUUGUACUCCUACAUUCCAAUUAAAGUGUUUGAAUUUGUUGACAAACAAAAAAAAAAGACCUGAACUCUCUUUGUUUUAUAUUAGUUGUCUAUUUUCCUCUUCACAUGUCCUUGAUAAAUAAGAAGAAUAAUUCAACUAAUAUAAUCCUUACAAUUUUUUUUGAAAAAAAUUUAAACUUGCGGUAUAUUUUCAAAAAGAAUUUCAAUUGUAAGGGUAAAAUGAAAAAUAAUUAAUUUUCUUUUGCUAUUGUAAAUUGGCAAGUAAUUUGGGUUAUUGUUUUUGGUAACGUGACCAAUUAACAUGAGAUGGCUGGAGUAUGUAGGCUUUUAAAUUUUGUGAUUUUUUUACUUAUCAUGUGGAAUUCUCCAAUUGAGUGGAGUGGGGCUUAGCUUUCUCAAUUAUGACGUACUCGAUAUGUUGAAAUUGAGGAACUUAUUAAAAGUAGAAAGAAACUCUUUUUGGAACAGACAAAAAAAGAAAGUAAACAAUAACAAAUUUUAUGAAUUCUCAUAGCUCCUUACUUUCUCCGAUUCAUAUUAUAUUUUGUUUUAAACUUUUAUACUUAAAUGUGUAUAAAAUAUGAUUAGUUUAAUUAUGAUGGUAUUAAUAGUUAUUUUUUAUAAUCAAAUUUAAAGUGAGUUUCUAUAUAACCAAAAAUUUUGGUUAAAUUGGUACUAUUUAAUUAAGGCAAUAUAGUGAAGUUGUCUUUUAUUUUAUAAAGGAAAAUUUCUUAAGGAUUGUAUUACUAAAAAUACCACAACUAUAAGAAAGUCAACAAGUUUUAAUAAUCUUUUGUCAAAAAUUUAUUAUUAGUGAAAAUUUAUCAACAAUCCAUUCAAUGUGCCAUUAGAUUUUAAUUAUGUAAUAAAAGAAUAUAAUGUAUAUUAAAUUUUUAAAAUUAAAAUAUUAUUAUUUUUAUAAUUAGAGUUUGAACUCAAACUUAAAACAGGUUAUGAAUAACUGGUCUGUUAGUAUAGCAAUGCACCAAUCAUCCAUGCAACAAAUUCAUUGUCAUUCUAUAGUUUCAUGGCAUACAUGUAACAUGUUUUAAGACAACAUGGAAAACAAACUGAAUAUAAAAUAUGCAUUAUCAAAAGGACUUGCAUUAAUAAAGUUGAGCGUAAGAAAUGACGAAUGUCUAGUUUGUGAUUACUAAAAAAUACAAUGUGCUAUCCGUUGUUGCACUUUUUUGGUACUAAAAAAAAAGGUUAUUCAAUACAGUAGUGUAAUUGAAGGUGUGCAGCCGCUUCUGAAGCGAAACAAGAAAAAGCUCAUAAACAUUGCUUGUAACCAACUCUCCUCAACUUAUAGGUGCCUUAUUAAAAGCGUAGUCUCUUUCAGGUCCAAUGACUAUAAAUAUACUAUCCAGCUACAAAUAAUUGUUAUAGCAUAUAUGAUAGGAACUCAUGUUUUGAAUGUGCAUAAAUCAAAUCAUUAUCUUUAAUAUCCUCCUAGUUUAGGUCUGCAUUGUUGUAGAAACAUAUGUAAAUAUAAAAUCAAGUUUACAAAAUUGUCAGCCGGAUGAAAAGAAUUUCUUCUUGGGUUUACAGUUUCGCAUCUAAUUAGCUGCUUGGGCAACAAUUUACAUGUAGCUUCAAUGUCUUCGUCGAUAUAUAGUUGUGUUCCUUUUAAAUUUAAAGUACCAGAAAAAGUUUAGCAUUUUAUACAUGAAUAGUGUAUCCUUUUUUUAUUUUUAUCUAACAUGAAUUCUACUGCCAUGCUUUUUUUUACUCUAGAAAAAAGUUUCAGAUUGAAAUAUAAAGAGAAGCUGAACUUUUAACAUAAGAUGAAAGUAAUUUUGAAAAUAUAUUUUUUAAAGUUGUCUUUAAUAUACAAUAUCAAAAUAAAAUAUAUUUCACCAAAAAUAAGGGAAAUGAUUUUUUUUCCAUUCAGAGAUUGUGACAUUUAUUUCAAUUAUUAUUUUAUUUUAAAAUUAAUAUUAAAUUCAGUCUUUUAGAUUCAUAAAGUUUUUCAAAUACUACAUGAUUUUUUCCAAUAAUAUCAUUAAAAACAUCAUAAAAUAUUUUUUAAUAAUUGCUUGUCGUUUACCUAAUAUAUCAAUUUAGUAUGUGAAGUUUAAGUGAAAACACUGUCCAUCCUCCUGAAUUUUAAAAAAGAAAUUAAAUAGGAUUACUAUAAAAAGAUAUUAAAAGGUACUUAGUACAAGAUAGGGUUACAGUAAAAAGAUACUUCCUCCGUUUUGAAUUAAUUGGUCCUCUUUCUAAAAAAUUUGUUUUAAUUUACUUAUCCAACUUAUCAAAUCAAGACUAUUUUACAUAAACUCUUCUCAUUCUAUCCUUAAUAGGUAUUAAAGAUAUCUAUACUUUUCAAAAAUUUUAAAAAUAACACUUUUACAUUUUCAAUACAAACUUUAUGAAACUUGACUUUUUUUUCUUCUUUUCAAAGAGUACUAUUUACUGUUUUGACACAAUUAACUUCAAAUUUCAUUGGAUAAUUAAUUGGAGAAAAAUAAACGUAUUUGGUCAUAAUCUCCUCUGAAGGAGAAUAUAUUCAAUGACUUAUAAAGAACUAAUUAUUUUACUCUGUUGGACACCAAAAUAAGCAUGUUAGCUGAUACUCAUUUUCCUAAUCAAUUCAUCAUACCAAAUUGAUGAAUUUAUAAGAUAUACUUUUAUAAAUUUUAAAUUUACUGAACAUUCGUAAUUUUCUACUCAAUGAUACAUUUCUUUUAGAUAGAAUAAACAUGGAAUAGAGUGUAUAAAUUUUCAUUUCUCUAAAAAAAAAUUUAAUAAUUUAUAGAUUUUCAAUUCAUGCAUGUAUACUAUAAUUUUUCAUGAUUAAUUAAUUAUUUACAAUAUUAAGAAAGAUAAACAAGUAAAAUAUAAUUUUAAUCAUUAUAUGUUUUAAUGAGUGUAUUAAAAUUGAAAAGUUCAUUUAAUUCAAAACGGAGGGAGUAUUAAAAGGUCGGUAGUAGUAUAAAAGAGUGUGCUCCGUUAACCUUCGUCACUUCGGCGCUCAACGUAUCAGUGGACUUGUACUUACACUUCCUCUGUAUCUCUAUCCAAUGAGCUACUGCUGCAUUGCCGGUUCCUCAUGGCUUACCACGCCCAAAUUCAUCACAAACGCCGCCGCUCGCAGCUUUCGGCCUUUGUUCAACAUCUGCUCUGCAGCCGAUCGCUUCCUACAGCCGACGGUGGUACAACUCGGAAUGUCGAGGACGGAUCGAUCCAGCACUGGAAAUCGUCCGCCAUUGGGUGGAAGCGGAUGCUCUUCCCGGUGGCCAAAAUCAAGGUAGAAAAAGUGAACAAUUAAUAGUUGGUGAUAGUUCAGUCGGAAACACACACACCUGAUAGUUCAAGUAUGAAACUUAAAAAAAAACGAGAUUCUUUAGAUUCGGUUUCUUUUGUCGAAGGCUCACAUACUUUCAGAAAAGUGGGACCAUGUACCUAUUGUGCUUGCAGGUGAUUAUACUAGCACUCCCCAGUGUGAAUAACUGAAACUUAUCUUUAUGAAGUAGGUCAUUGACUUCCAUUUUUAAAAGUAACUUGUUGAAACAAUGCCUAUUUGUUUAUCCCUUGUGAUAGAGUCCAAUCUACAAAUUCUUAUCAUCAUCUGAGGUAAUACGCCAGAUCUCAAUUCAGUAUCCUUUAUGCAAUAUUUAAGUACUUCUCUAGUCAUAUGAUCUGCAUGCUUCUCCGUAGAGUUAUUUGCUUCUCAAAGGAUUUGUUUUUAUAUAGCAGCUCAAUCUAAUGCUACAUAACCGAAAAGAGUUGUCUGGUCAGAGACGAUGCCAUCCCUUUCAAGUUCUUCGUCUUAGAAGAGAAAGGGGGACUUUGUUUGUUCUAAUGGACAGGUGAAGCAAGGAUCUAUGCGUUCCUAUAAAACAGAUAGCUAGAGUAUUCAUAAAACCUAAGGGAGGCCAUAAGUUGCUUCAGUUUUUGUUUUGUGAGAAAACAAUGUGGUACUUUUUACAACAUGAUGUCUUCUCUAUAUCCUCAUUCUCAGUCUUCACUAUAACCUGUUGUAUGGUCAAACUCUUGAUACCUAGUAUAUAUCAAACUUUGGAAACCAAAUUUAUGGGGAUAAAACUUAUAUUGAUAGAGUAGAACAAAAAUGGAUAUAUGCAAGUAUCUAUUUACAUAUGGCUUAAAAUUAUUUAAUAAGAAGAAGACUGCUACCAACUAAUGCUACAUAACCGAAAAGAGUUGUCUGGAUAAACCAAAAUUAGAUUGAUAAAACUUAUAACUCCUCUAAUAUGUUGGUUGUUGCUGAAUUUAUUUGGGUUCAGCUUUUAAUGCCCUUCAUAAAUCAUCUAGUGUGUUUGUUUCUUGAUUCAUUUAUGUUUGAGAUUUCUGAUGUCAAUUGGUUUACUUGUGAGAAAACUAAAUUAUUUGCUCUAUCAUAUGAUUCUGAUGAAGAAAUUUGUUGUGUGCAUGCAAUUGACUUCAAGUUUUUUAAUUCUUGAUGGAGCGAAGGGGAGAUGAAUGCUGCGAUUGGCGCCCCUGGAUCCCACGUAGCUAUGCACCAUGUGAAGCUAAAUAGUGCUUAUGCGAUUGUGAAGGAGUAAGCACUGAAGUAAAAUCCACCACUUGCAGGUAUUCUGAUGGUCUUACACCGACAAAAGUUUUAGAUACUUUACCAGUUAAUGUCUUGAAGAAAAGAGGUGGUGUCUUCCCUAUAAGCAAUUGGGUAGUGCUCACUUGGCUUUGGUUUCUGAGUUUGCGUUCUUGGAAGUUGUUGGAGGUAACAAAGAAGCAGCUGAAGACUGUAAUAUCAGUUGAAGGUGACAUCUGUUAAUAGUGAUGCAUCAAUCAUCGGUACACCAAACUCCUCAUCCUACAGUUCCAUGGCACACAGGUUCAAGACAACAUGGGAAACAAACUGGAUGUUGCAUAUGCAUUGUCAAAGUAGUAGCAUGAAUCAUGUUGAACGUGAGAAAUGACAAAGUUUAGUUUGUGAUUACUAAACAGAUGAAAUGUGCUAUCCGUUUUGUUGACU